CUCAAUUAUGUGUUACUACUUCCCCUUUAGAACUAGUACUAGUACUUACGUGAAAGGAAAAAGUUGAACACCAAGUUAAUAGUGAUAGUAAUAGAUAGAAGGAUUAUUAGGUGAUGAUAAGUGAUCAUCCUGCCCAUCACAAACAAGAAUGAGCAACAAAUUUGUUACCGAUGAAGCUUAGCCUAGGAUUCCAAGGCGUAGCAUCCAAACUAGGGAAUUUCCAUGAUGCGGUUUCUAUAUUUCACUUAAAUUUAAGAAUCAGACAUGAAGAAACAGGGGGACAGGGACUUUGCCUUUGCCAAAGGCAAAACCUAAGCAUCGAAUCCUCCCCUGUAAAGUAGGAAAACGCCCAAAAUACGAGUGUAAAUUGCUUUGACUACCGAGAUUUCCAACUGGAGCUAUCAAUAUCAACUGAGCAAUUCUUUGUGAGAGAGUUUUAAGUUUUUGCCUUAAAAAUUCUCUUGUUUGCUUUAUAAGUUCAAAAUCUAUUGAAGCUAGAAAGAGCUAUUUCAUGUUCUAAGUUCAUUGGGUUGGAUUAAACUAGUUGGUUUAGUAGGAAGAUAAAUCAUAUCUUUCAUCAUAAAAAAUAUAUCCUAAAUCUCUUGCCUCAGGAAAAAAUACUAAAUCAUCCUUUGGUCACGCUUCUUUAACGAUGAAUACAAUUGUGAAGUCUGUCCAAUAUCUUUAGUCAUUUUCAAGAGGGCAGACCCUGACCAUUACAGAGAUGUGACUCCCAUUUGUCAUCUAGAAACCUUAGUCGCAAUAGUCACUUGCUUCCCUGUGAGUGCCAUGUAAAGAAAGUAAACAUUCUCAAAAUUUCAUAAAACACUAAAGUCGCCAUGGCUCCUCCAACUCCAAGACUAGUAAUCCCCAUAGACCUAAAGAAGAAGCCAUGGGAACAAAAGCUACCUCUCCACAAUCGUUGGCACCCAGAGAUACCUCCUGUAACAAAGAUUAAAACCGGGGAGAUGUUCCGAAUUGAGAUGGUUGAUUGGACAGCAGGUGCUAUUCAAGAUAAUAACUCUGCAAUUGAUGUAAAAACCAUUGAUCUAUCCACUGUCCAUUAUCUUAGUGGACCAAUAAAAGUUGUAGACACGGAUGGAAAGCCAGCUGAACCAGGUGACCUUCUUGCUGUUGAAAUAUGCAACUUGGGGCCUCUCCCCGGAGAUGAAUGGGGUUUUACUGCCAUAUUCGACAGAGAUAACGGUGGAGGAUUUCUAACAGACCAUUUCCCUUGUGCAACUAAAGCCAUUUGGUAUUUCGAAGGGAUAUAUGCCUACUCACCUCAUAUUCCAGGUGUAAGAUUUCCUGGUUUAGUUCAUCCUGGAAUAAUUGGAACAGCGCCUUCAAAGGAACUACUCAAUAUCUGGAAUGAGAGAGAAAGGAAGCUUGAAGAAACCGGUCCCCAGUCUCUCAAAUUAUGUGAGGUCUUGCAUUUAAGACCAUUGGCUAACCUACCUUCGACAAAGGGGUGCAUUCUUGGCAAGAUUCAAGAUGGAACUCCUGAGUGGAAUAGGAUUGCCAAUGAGGCUGCAAGAACAAUACCUGGACGCGAAAAUGGAGGAAAUUGUGACAUCAAAAAUCUCAGCAGAGGUUCAAAAAUAUACCUUCCUGUAUUUGUAGAAGGAGCAAACCUCAGUACUGGUGAUAUGCAUUUUUCUCAAGGCGAUGGCGAAGUAGCAUUUUGUGGGGCAAUAGAGAUGAGUGGCUUCCUAGAGCUCAAGUGUGAAAUCAUAAGAAAUGGAAUGAAAGAAUAUCUUACUCCUAUGGGACCCACACCGCUACAUGUGAACCCAAUAUUUGAGAUAGGGCCUAUGGAACCAAGAUUCUCAGAGUGGUUGGUGUUUGAGGGCAUCAGCGUAGAUGAAAGUGGACAACAGCACUAUCUUGAUGCAAGUGUUGCUUACAAGCGUGCAGUACUAAAUGCAAUUGAUUACCUGUCAAAGUUUGGCUACACAAAAGAACAGGUGUAUCUUCUACUUUCGUGCUGUCCCUGUGAAGGAAGGAUUUCAGGAAUUGUUGAUGCCCCCAAUGCUGUUGCCACACUUGCCAUUCCAACUGCUAUAUUUGACCAGGAUAUUCGCCCAAAGGUCAACAAAGUGCCUCUUGGGCCAAGACUUGUGAGGAAUCCAGGAAUUCCACAAUGUACUUAUGAUGGAAGCCUGCCAAUCACCAAAAAUCCCUCGCUCCAUUAACUACAAGGGAGCAGCUGCAACAUAGAUGCUCUUUCUUGAGCAGGGGAUGUGCAUGUAAAUCUACUGCAGGAAGAUAUGACGAAGUUGAAGAAAGAAGCAAAACUGAGAUGAAUAAUGCCCUACUAGACCUUCUAAACAUGUAAAGAUGUAGACAUGUUCAUCUUAAAUGUAAUAGCACGCACAGUAUUAAGAAUGAGAUCAUAAGUAGUUUGUGGAUCA